ACCAGAUUAUGACAUGGUAGAGGACAACAAGUUUAUGAAUCCUGAACCACAGAAUGAAUAUGUGGGGGUUGAUGAGGAGGGUUUAUACAUUGACAUAGCACCUACUUCUCAUGCAAAUGUUGACACAAGUGAGAAAAAAGAUGAAGAUUAUGAUCCAGGUUCGAACUCUGAAUCUGAGUCUGACUCUGAGUCCGAUAUGGAUGCUGAGGUAGAUGAGAUUAUUAAAGAUACAUUGCCAUCUCACAUAUCUGAAGUUGCAUACAACAAAGAUGAUCCUCCUAUUGAAGUAGGGAGCAUCUAUCCAAAUAUGUUUGAAUUUAAGUUGGCUCUUGCAACACAUGCUAUCAAGAAUGAAUUUGAUUAUAACAUUGAAAAGAGUGAACCAGGGAAGUAUCGGGCAUACUGCACGGGCUAUGUAGAUGGUUGUAAGUGGAGGAUUCAUGUAUCACGUACAAUGAAAAAUCAAUCUACUGUCCAGGUCAAGAAGAACCCUUUUCCUCAUAGUUGUCAUAGUACCAGGAGGAUUGGGAAGGUCAAAGGUGCUACCAAGUUUUGGAUUUGUGAGAGGAUUAAGGAUUGGUUGGCUGAGGACAAAAAUAUUGGGCCUACAGAACUUCAAAGAAGACUUAAGGAGCAUUACAAAGUCAGCAUUAGUUACAAGAGAGUGUAUGUGGCACUUGGUGCAGAAUUUUAA